AUGUCAUGGAAACAGUUCCAGCUGUGGGAAUCCGUUCCGCUAAGGGACCCGCAAUUGGGCUGCAAAGAGCCCUUCUACUCGGACCCAACGUUAUCCGCCGCUACGACGUUGUCCUCCAAAGUGGCUGCAUCGGAAACAACUGUGAUCAUUGCUGUGGCAGGGAACAUAGUCAAGUUAAUCAAUUUGAAUAAAUCAAAGGUCAGGGCGCAAUUUGUCGCGGUUACUGAUGCUGACUACCGCAUCACGAAACUGAAAAUUGUGGGUCACUUCUUGCUCGUUGUCGCAGAAGCGCUGGGGAAACCCUUACUGCUGACUUUCUAUAAAGUGGAUCUGAUACUCGCAUCCACUAACGGAAGCAAUAAGGGCAAACCAAAACUGUCUUAUCACGCAAAAGUGGAGGUGAAAAACGGCAACAACACGUAUCCUCUCUCGUGUCUCGAUAUAAGUAAAGAUUUAUCCUGUAUUGCACUCGGGUUCGUUAAUGGGAAAAUCAUUGUUGUGAGGGGUGAUUUGGCCAGGGACAGAGGUUCAAGACAAAGAGUUAUUUACGAGGAUGCCAAUAAAGAGGCGAUCACCGCGUUAUCCCUCACAAAGGACGGCACUCUAUGCUUCGCAAGCACUUUAUCGCAUAUACUGGUGUUCAAUACAUUUGGGAGAAAUAGAGGUUUACCAGAUGCAGUAUUAAGUGAGACACACGGUUGUGAUCUUAACUGUACCUCUUGGAACGGAACACUGCAAGAAUUCGUCUGUUAUACUUCGAUGGCAGGGCAGCAGCCAAGCCUGGAAUCAUACAAAGUGAAUAACGAAAAAACUGUCGUUCAGCUACCAGAAACAGUGAUUACUUCCAAUAUGACGCCAAAGAGACUGCUUGUAUGGGGGGAUUCACAUUCACUAUUGGUAAUAGACGAGGAGACGGACUCUGCCAAGAAUACAGCGCUAUCCGUGGGGAAAAUCAACAGGGUCAUUAUCAUAGACACGCGCUAUAAUAUUGUUUGCUUUAACUCCAUAAUCAAUGACCCUAUAUUAGACAUUUUGAGCUAUUCGCGUUCGGAAGUGUGCCUCUUAUCAACAAACGGAGUAUUAUACCGCUUAUCGCAACAUACAUUCAAAGAGCAAAUCAACAUAGUGACCCAGAGAGAGGACUUCUCGUUUGCCCUACAGCUGGCGCAACGGAAUAAAUUACCGACAAAAGAAACACAAUUGAUCCAUAAAGAUUUUGCGGAUUUUUUGUACAGGAAGGGACAGCUCCGAGAGGCCACGGAGCAUUAUAUACAAUGUCUUGACGUGGUGGAAACAAGCGAGGUCAUAUUCAAAUACGGUGUUGAGGGCGGCACAUCCUCUACAAAUAUUCAAAACUUGGCGACGUAUCUUUGGGCCUUAGUGAAGUCGAAUGCUGCUUCAGAAGACCAUGUCAGCUUACUGCUUAUUGUUCUAAUAAAACUGAAAUCAGUGGAUCAGAUUGAUCAUUUUCUACAUCAUUUCAGCAGGGAGGGACUGUAUUCGGAGGAAAUACUGGAAAACGACAUCGACGACGACACCUUCUUCUAUUCGAACAAAACAUUAUUUGACCUUCAGUUGGUUUUGAGCCUGUUUGAAGAAUCUGGGAUGUUUAUGGAAGCCUACCAGUUGGCCCGAAAGUUUGCCAAGGAUCCCGUAGUAGUCGUUAGUGUACUGCUAAACGAUUUAGAGGAACCCAGGUCUACUUUGAACUAUAUCAAAUCUUUACCCGUUGACGAUACUUUACGAAUCAUAAUAAAAUUCUCGAAAAGACUACUAGAGUGUUCACCUAACGAAACUAAUGUGCUUUUGAUAGACGUUUUCACUGGGAACUAUAAACCAAGCGAGUACAAAUCGAUUGUGGAGGCACAAUCUACGAACAAGUCUGACCCUAACAACGAAAACGAUACACUGCUGAACUUCUACAGUUACAAAACGUUCAUCAGCUACAUGAAUAAGACUUUGGGUUAUGACGCGACUCCCACUCCUCAGAAGCUAACUUCCACUUACCACCCACCUAAACCGUCAUUGAUAUUCCCAUCUUUUAGUGCAAACCCGUUCCAAUUUGUCGUGUUUUUGGAGGCUUGUUUGGAGAGUUAUCAGCAAUUCAACGGGUUCAAGGACGACCUGCAAACCAUACUGACGACUCUGUACGAUUUGUACCUGUCGCUAGCUGCAGACGAUAUCCCUGAGAGGCGCGAUGAUUGGAGGAAGAAGGCAAGCCUCGUAUGGAGACAGAGCAAUAACUUGGUGAAGAGCAGCGAGGGAGACGACAAGUCUUCGUACGUUUCAGGGAACGGCAACAAAGUUGUGGAUAACUCUCUGAUGAUGCUGAUCAAACAUAUGAACCAACUUGGUGACACGUUUGAAGAGGACGAGGAAGAGGAUGAGGACGAGAGGAAUAUAUUGGCUAUCUUCUAUUCGAUGACCCUUACCGAUGGACCAUCCAAGUGUCUAAACUAUUUCAAAAGGCACUGUGACAAGGAACCAAACCUGUACAAGAGUGCAUUAAAGUACUUUGUCUCGGAUAGCGCAGUGUACAAUGCCAUUGGUGGAGAUGAUUUUGUUCGAGGGAGCGUUAUUGAGCCGAUGGUCCGUGGAGGUUUGGUCUCCGUCCUUGAACUGCUCCAAGUUCUCUCUUCCAGUUCUGUGGCCAAGUUCGGGCUUGUACAGCAACUCCUCAUCGAUUACGUUCAAACAGAGGAGACAGAAAGCGUCAAGAAUCAAAAGUUGGCCGACUCGUACAGAGACGAGCUGGCACAGAAGCGGACGAAACUACAAGAACUGCUGGACAGCGAGAAGCCGUCACAUAUCCACUUGAAGAAAACAUCCUGCUUUAUGUGUAACAGUGCCCUGGACUUGCCCGUAGUCUAUUUCAAGUGUGGACACAUCUACCACCGGCGCUGCCUCAACGAGGAGAACGUCAAGAACGACGAGUCCCCGCAGUUCAGGUGUCCGAAAUGCGUCGCUGAUAUCGAGACGUCUAACAAGCUGUACGAGAUGCAGAAACAGGUCGGACAGGACGCAGCGUUCUUGACGAGUGUGCUGAACAGUAAAGAGGGCCAGAGGGACCGUUUCAAAGUGGUUACAGACUUUAUUGGGAGGGGUGGUCUCGAAGUGCCGCUCAACUGA